AUGUCUUUUGUCACUUUGCUUAUGUUGGCGUACAUCGCGGGGAUAGACGCGGGGCCUGUAUCUAAGGUUAAUGACAGUAGCAUAGGCUCCCUCGGUCCUCUCACUUUCAAACGAGACGGAACCUUCCAGAUAUCGAUAUUCGAAGAUCUGCAUUUCGGUGAAAAUGCCUGGGAUCAAUGGGGACCCCAACAAGAUAUCAAUUCAGUCAAGGUCAUCAACGAGGUCCUUGAAGCAGAGUCGCCUGGGCUUGUUGUGUUGAACGGCGACUUGAUUACUGGCGAGAACGGAUUUCUGGAAAACAGCACAGUUUAUGUCGAUCAAAUCGUCGGUCCCCUCGUAGAUCGAGGACUUACUUGGGCGUCAACGUACGGCAAUCACGACUAUGACUUUAAUAUUUCAGGCAGUGCGAUUCUCGCCCGCGAAAAGCAGUGGGGUAAUAGCCGAACGACACAGAUGGUCUUUAACGAAGAAGCAGGAACGUCAAACUACUAUCUCCCGGUUUACGACAGCGGCUGCAACGAUAACAGCUGCUCUCCCGAGUUGAUACUUUGGUUUUUUGACAGCAGAGGGGGGUUUCGCCAUCAACAGAAAAAUCCUUCCGGCGAUCGAGUCGGCCAGCCAGAUUGGGUCGACUUCAGUGUCGUGAACUGGUUUAUUCAGACAAGCAACGAGAUAGUUGGCAAGUACGGCAAGAUUAUCCCAUCCUUAGCAUUUGUCCAUAUCCCAACAUAUGCGUCAUACAUCCUACAAAAAGAAGGCGUCGAUCCGCACGCCGAGCCGGGAAUCAACGACGACAACCCGCUAGCUCCUCAGGCUCAAGGCUGGUGUUCAGACGGUCGAAAUGACGGCACGUGCGACUACGGCGGCCAAGAUAUUCCGUUUAUGCAAGCCAUCUCAGCCGUUCCAGGAUUGAUGGCUGUCUUCUCGGGGCACGAUCACGGCAAUAGCUGGUGUUAUAAAUGGGACAGACUACUCCCUAACAUGACCGUUGCACCUCACAAUGGUGUGAACCUGUGCUUUGGCCAGCAUUCAGGAUACGGCGGUUACGGUAACUGGGAAAGAGGAGCUCGCCAAGUUCUCGCAACCAAGUCGAAACUAGCGAAUUUUGAAGUUGAUACUUGGAUCCGUCUCGAGUCCGGGAACGUCGUGGGGAGCAUUUCGUUAAAUUCUACGUAUGGACAGGAUAAGUAUCCGGCAACUAAUAAUUCGAAGACUCACUGUCCAACAUGCCAUUACGACCCGUAA